AUGGCCAGCGAGGGUGAGUCGGUCACUUUCACCGAAGACGACAUAUCUGGUCCGCCAGAUCUACGCCUGCUUCAUUUCAACGAUGUCUAUCAUGUCGAGAGUGGAUCAGCGGAGCCGGUGGGUGGCAUUCCACGCUUCCAGACUCUAUGCAAGCACUACCGAAACGAUGAACGCUACAAAGGGCAGCCUGAGCUUCUCACAAUGUUCUCGGGUGAUGCUUUCAACCCGAGUCUCGAAAGUUCGGUCACCAAGGGAAGCCACAUGGUCCCUGUACUCAACAAACUGAAGACGGACGUGGCUUGCGUAGGCAACCAUGAUCUAGACUUCGGCAUCAAGCAGUUCCGCAACUUGGCCAAGCAGUGUGAGUUUCCCUGGCUUCUGGCGAAUGUCCUCGAUCCGGCUUUGGGCGAAGGCGUGCCACUAGCCAACGCCCAGAAGACACUCAUGCUUACCGCUUCCAAUGGCGUCAAGGUGGGUGUCAUUGGACUGGUCGAACGCGAAUGGCUGGCCACCAUCAACUCUCUUCCACCGAAUCUCAUCUACAAGUCGGUCUCUGCCACAGCCAUAGAGCUAGCCCCGCAGCUUCGAGAGCAGGGAGCGGAGAUCAUCAUUGCUCUUACACAUCAGCGCGAGCCAAACGACAACAAGCUUGCUGAAAAGACGCCUGACGGUGUUGUUGACCUGAUCCUUGGCGGGCACGACCACUACUAUUCACAUUCGGUCAUCAAUGGCACACACAUCCUUCGAUCCGGCACCGACUUCAAGCAGCUGAGCUAUAUUGAAGCCCGGAAGCGCAAAGGUGGAUCUUCAAAGUGGAGCUUCCACAUCAUGCGUCGAGAUGUGGUCAAGAGUAUCUCGCGGGAUCCGGAGAUGGUCGAGCUUGAGGAGAAGCUAUCAUCCUCUCUCAAGUCAAAGCUGGAGAAGCCACUAGGAUAUACCGCGGCGCCUCUUGAUGCCCGAUUCACAACCGUGCGUAUGAAGGAGUCCAACAUUGGCAACUUUGUCUGCGACCUAAUGCGUUUCCACUAUCAAGGCGACUGCGCACUGAUGGCUGCCGGCACCAUUCGCGGCGACCAAAUCUAUCCACCAGGCGUUCUCAAGGUCAAGGAUAUCAUGACCUGCUUUCCCUUCGAGGACCCCUGCAUAGUGAUCAAGGUGACCGGAAAAGCACUCAAGGCAGCCUUGGAAAACUCGGUCUCCCAGUAUCCCGCUCUAGAAGGACGCUUCCCACAAGUCUCCAACAUCACCCUCGAAUUUGACCCUCAGCGGCCAAGUGGCUCACGAGUUCUUUGGACCAAUGUAGGUGACGCUCCUGUCGACGACGAGAGACAGUAUACUCUAGUCACUAGAGGCUAUAUGGGGCGGGGCAAAGACGGUUUCGACUCCCUACUGGUCAAGUCGGAGGGAGGCGAGUGUGAGGAGCUUGUCCACGAAGAGAACGGUAUCCUCCUGAGCAUGCUUCUGCGGCAGUACUUUAUGAGCCUAAAGAUUCUUGGCCAGUGGAAACACUGGAGCAACAGUCUGGGUCGACAUUUCAACCGCGUCCACGAAGGUUUGCACGACAUCCACACCGUGGUCGAACCCAAGACUCCUGCAUCGCCAGAAAGGGUGAAAUCCUUUUCCUUUCACCACAAGAAGGGUCCACACAAGCGAACUCACAGCGAGGCCAACCCCAAGCCUCCGCCGGAGGUUGAGUCCGACUCUGACUCGGAAGUGGACGAUGCAAAUGCGCUUGAAGACAUCAAAUUCAACGAAAGAGAACUUCAACUGAUCCGAAAAGUCAUGAGAAAAUGGUGGCGGCUCGCCGGGUUGACCAAGAAGAAGUUGCAUCCUAACGUCUGCGACAACAUUGACGAAGGCGAAUUCAAUGCGGAUUGGACCAGGGCUAUUGCUCCACGGCUGGAGGGGCGCAUCAGGAUGGUACAAAAAGGCGAUCAAUCUGCAAGAUGA